GAGAAUCGGAAAAGAAUGAUUACUUAAAGUCUUCUAUAGAACAAUCACAAAAUUGGAUUAAGAUGUGGCCGGAUACGGUACAGGGUUAUGUCCACCAACUAGAAACUCAAAAAAAUAUAAAGCACGCUCAACAAAUAGAGUCCGUAAAAAAGUUCGUCUCUAGAAAGAAACAUGAAAUCAAGAUGGAAUCUAUUAAAAAAGCCAGAGACAUGAUAUUUGAAGAUAGUUGCUACGGUCGUCAGAUUUUAAGUGCAUUAGUGGAAUCAAAAACUCUUGAAGAAAGAAAACAGCAAAUACUAUUCCAAAAAUAUAUAAAACAAACUGCUGAACUCCAAAAACUUAAUGAGUCACAGGCAUCGUCUAUACGAAGUGCCAGUGAAAUGGAAUCAAUUGAAAAAAAAGGGGAACUCCUCAAAAAACAAAGAAAUGAAGACGUAGCUCGAUUUAAUCAAGCGAUGGUUAAAAAGCAGCGAGAUAAAAUGGUCAAGGAAAAAGGAAAUGAAAAAAUUAAAUGAUUUUAGAUGAAUUCUUG